CGAGCCUCUAUUCCACACGCGACAUCCAUCUUUGGACCCAACAGUCGAAGCCUACAACGCAUUCAGGUCAUCCCAGACCCGGCAUGUCCAAAGUUUCGCCAAUCGUCUAACUGGAGGGAACAAGGCGUUCAAAAUAAAAAUAAAAAAGCCGACACACCAAGAGGUCUCUUUAACACCCUGGGCCGCUUGCUAGGCCCCCGAGCACCAGUACAAGCUUAGGCCUUUGCUGCGCGCCUUCCAGAGUCUUUCCGUAGCAUAACACACACACACACACACACACACACACACGAUGGACUCCAGACUGCUGCUCCGGGCGGCGGCGGCAGUCCCUCGCCCCUUUUGCCACCAGACAGCCCUUGCCAGUCGAUUAAGCCGGCCGGCACUGGCCACCCUCCCGAGCUCGACCCCGGCGAUGCAGCAGAGACGAACAAAAGCCACGACGAACCGGACCAAGCGCGCCCUCAACAUCCCCCCACACCCGUCCUUCCUCGGCAGGAACACCGACGCCUCGGGUAACGAACUGGGUGAGGACGUCGUCAUCUUCAACCCGCCGUCGUCCGAGGCCUCGGUGUAUCACACGCCCUUCAAGUUUCUGCCCCAGAGCGAUCCGCGGCGGCGCGCCAACAUGGCCGCGCUCUUUGAGUCCUCGGCCACGAUCAAGUACCCCGAGGGAGCCCAGGAGGCUGCCGACGGGACCAUCACCACAGCUUCGAGAGUGCAGCCCAAGCACAUGCCGACCGUCAACAUGAGCCCCAAGAAGGACAAGCUCACGGCCGAGGAUGUGGCCGAGAUGCGGAGGCUGAGGGACGAGAACCCGAUCGAGAACAGCGUCACUAAACUCGCCAAAAGGUUCAACUGCACCAAGGCCUAUGUCAUGAUCGCCACUGGCCACAAGGAUAUGACGGACCACAAGAAGCGCAUGGAGAGACAGCUCGACAAGCUCAAGGCCCGCUGGGGUCCCAGGAAGGCCAAGGCGAGGUCGGAUCGGUACAAGAGGACUGAGAUGCUGUACCGGGGCGAAUUGCAAUAGAGGAGGUGGGAAAGAAUUGCGGCGAUGUUGAUGGCACAACUCUAUUCCAGCACAAAACGCACGACAAACUCAAACUCCGUUUGAGCUGCGUAUGGAUUUUUUGUUCGGGAUUUGGGUAGUAUCAGCGCUGCAUUGUUUAUUGGUCCCAUUUUCGAUGUUCUCGAACAUGGAUGGUAUAAUGGCAAUUUCGGUGGCUAGAUGGCUUUGGGCGGUCAUCUUGUAUACGGCUCUCAUGUUUCUUCUCUGCCUUGUUUAGAUGGAGGUCUUCCGUUUCCCUAUGUAUAUCUACCUUGUACACUGUAAAAAAAAUGAGAGAGUCAUUUUAGACGUCACUAGGAAUCAAGAUCUUAGAUUUGAACCGCCGA